AGAUUGUACGCGAGGUUGUCGAGAAAGAAGUUACCUGCCGAUCCUGCGAUAUCGAUGUCUUUGCGUUCGAGGAUGAGCAGAAGCGGACGUACUGGGCUGCUAUUGAUGGGCUUGGAAACGUGGGUGAGGGAGUGGUGGAGAAUGGUGAAGAGCAUAACCACGACCAUAACCACGAGCACAACCAUGAAGAGGACGCGCGUGAGCCCCUCUUGGAUGAACAAGAGCAGAAGGAGCACCAGAAGGAACUAAAAGAACAAGAGAAGCAAGAGCAGAAGGAAUCUCUCGGGUUACAUGACCAUAGGCGGGAGUAAACGACGAGUAUUGGCAAGACGAGUGUACGAUUAUUAGAAAGGACCAUCUCAACCCAACUAAAGACGUUGAGCGGUUAUAGAGUGCAGCAAAUCAAUAUCACGCCUUUUUAUAUCCUACAACCAAAU